AUGAGAAUAAGAGCAAGCCUGUUGGCAGUUGUCCUGCUGGCCACCGCCUCUCUGGCCGAUGAUUCAAACUGGGGCAACGAGUGGGCUCCCAUGGAGGAUGCCAAGCCCAACCGCCGUUCGGUGGACACCAAGCCUGCAGACACAGCUGACAUCCAGGGACGGUACCUGGUCCACGAGUCCAUCCAGAGCAACAGCACUACUAGCCAGAUCGAUGAGGUCAUCGAGCAGCUCAUCAACUCCCGUCGCGAGGGUCGCAAUCUUGGCGAAUACGACGCAGUCUAUGCUGAUGGCAACAUUGAUCAAGCUCUCCAGCAGGGAAAUGAUCUGCAGGCCCGCAAUCUUAUCCGGGACAAGCUGUGCGGUCUGGGUCUGAUGAGCUGCGAUGUGGAGGAGAAGCGCCCCUUCUACUCGACCAUUUAUGCCCAGGGUCCCCCGCCACCGUCUGGCUUUGGUGGAGGUCCUUAUGGUCCUGCCAAGCCCAUGCCGCCACCAAGUUAUUUCAGUGGUCGCCCGCCCAUGGGUGGUCCUCCUGGCCCUCUGAACUCCUUCGGUCCCCCACCCAGCUCCCUGAACUCCUUUGGACCGCCACGCAAGGUUGGCUAUGAGGGACCCUACAAGCCAAUGUCUGGACCUUAUCGCCCCACUGGACCCGGUGGCUACCUGGAGCAUCCUCCACCGUCCGCCAUUGAUGGCAGCUCUGAUGGCAUCACCUAUACGAAGCCGCCACCCGGCGCUCUGAUCUACGACAGCAAGCCACCAGGUCCGAUUUACACCGGCGGUCCAUCGGUGGGUGCCGGACCCGUUUUCACUGGUGCUUCCAACGGAGUUCCCCCAUACAACUUUGAGAAUCCCGAGGGUGGCAUCCAGGGUGCCAGCUCUGCUCCCAAUGGCUUCUACUCCCAGCAGUCCUCCGCCUCCUCAUCUUCGGCCACUUCCUCCAGCACCAAGGUGGUGGUGGGAGCACCCCUCGAUGCUGGACUCCAGCAGCAUGUGCAUCAUCACUACCACCAUGUUGAAGGUGGUGAGGGAGCCAAGGUGCCCAGUGUGCCCAUUCCCAUCGGUGCUGGCCAGACCAUCAACACGGACUUCAGUGCCUUGGCCCAGUCCUCGGCCACCUACACACCCUCGGUUCAGUCCUCUUCCGGAUCCAGCUACUCUCAGUCGAACGCCUUCAACGCUGGCUUCAAUGGCGCCUCUCAGGGCGGACUCCUCUCGCAGAACGGCUUCGGUCUGUCCCAGAAACCCAGUGAUCUGUACAAGCCCAACACCGGAGAUCUGUACAAGCCCAACUCUGGUGAUCUCUACAAGCCGAACUCUGGCCUAGGCAGCUUUGGCAGCAGCGGAUCGGGUGGCUUCAGUGGAUCGCCCAGCUCCAGCUAUCACAGCCAGAAUCCGGACUACUACAAGAAGGAACUGCAGGGUGGAGCCUCUAACCAGUAUAAUGGCAUCUCCGGUGGCUACCAGGGACAAGGACAAUACCAGGGUGGCUAUGACACCUCUCGCCAGCAAAUCGUGGACUGCCAGUGUGUGCCCAUCUCUCAGUGUCCGGCCGCCGAUCGUAUUGGACGCAAGGAUGACCUCAUUUUGCCUAUUGAUCCCCGUAACCUGGGCAAGGAUAUCGAGGCUCUAAGUGAUGAUGUUGCUGCCAGCAGCAAUGCCACCGCCCCUGCUGAUGGUAAGAAGGCCGAGGAGAAGUCGGACAAAGAUGACAAGAAGCGCUCUCGCCGCCAGGCCAAUGGUGAACAGAAGGAAGACGAUGCCAGCGAUUUGUCGCUCGAUGCCCAAGGGAGACAGGCACCGCUCGGAGGAUCUCCAUUGGCAUUGCCCGCCCUCCAGGCCAUCGAGCUGAUCCAACGGAAAGUGCUGCCCACCUAUGGUGUGAGCUUUGGUUUGCCCUAUCCCUCCGGUGGCUAUGGAGGCUAUCCCUCGAAUGUCCUGGGCGAUCACUAUCCCGCUCAGAACCCCUACUUUGGUUCUGUGGGUCCGAAUGGCCUCAAUCUCGGUUUGGUGAAUGUGAAUCCGCUGGUGUCGGUGCAGGUGGCCAAGACCGACUAUGGAGAGAAGGUGGUAAAGCCUCUGGUCAAUCUCCAUGUCACCCCCAAUGCAAAUCUCAUCCAGAAGGUGGGAGACUUCUUCAAGCGGAAGCCCACUGAGCAGUAUAGCACCCAUUACCACCACCACGACCACUACAGUGGCUAUGAGCAUCACGACUACGAUCACCAUGACCACCAUGACCACCACGAUCAUCACUCUUAUAAACCCUACUAUGGGAGCUCUGCUCCUGGUCCCCACUACAGUGUGGAAAUGGUGCCGAGCACUCCGAUCUUUGAGUACCACAGUGGCCCAUCGGUUCCGACUCAAUAUCACCAUCACCACGAGUCAUCGUCCCCAUAUGAGAGCUCCUUCAACUCAGUUUAUCCCGGAUCUGGUCCUGGCCCCGACUUUGGUGGCUUCGGAGAGUACUCGCAGCAUGUGGAGCGAAGUGCCAAUGUGAGCGGCAUUGGUGAAUCUCCCAGUUCCAGUCGUCGAGGCAAGCAGUUGAACCUGGGACCCCUCUACAACAUUCCCACGCCGGCUCCUGGCGAGGCGGCUGGCAGUGAUCGGAUCACCUUUCCCAGGGAUCGCAGGCGCAGAAGCGUCUCGGAUGAUGGUGUGUGGGCGGGAGCAGCUCCAGAGGAGCAGCGCGCUUACUAUGGCAACCGUCCAGUGGAGAAGACCUGUCGCAUCAACGAGGUCUGCUGCCGUCGUCCCCUUCGUCCUCAGGCUCCUCCCCAGCAGCAGCUGGGUCGCUGUGGAGUAAGGAACGCGGCCGGCAUCACUGGUCGUAUCAAGAAUCCCGUGUAUGUGGAUGGAGACAGUGAGUUCGGCGAGUAUCCCUGGCAUGUGGCCAUUCUGAAGAAGGAUCCCAAGGAGUCGAUCUACGCCUGCGGCGGCACCCUCAUCGAUGCCCAGCACAUUAUCUCGGCGGCUCAUUGCAUUAAGUCUCAAAAUGGUUUCGAUCUUCGUGUGCGUCUGGGCGAAUGGGAUGUCAACCACGAUGUGGAGUUCUUCCCCUACAUUGAACGUGACGUGGUCUCUGUGCACAUCCAUCCCGAGUACUAUGCCGGCACCUUGGACAAUGAUCUGGCCAUCCUAAAACUGGACCAACCCGUUGACUUCACCAAGAACCCGCACAUCAGUCCCGCCUGUCUGCCCGAUAAGUACUCCGACUUCACCGGCGCUCGUUGCUGGACCACCGGUUGGGGCAAGGAUGCCUUCGGUGAGCAUGGAAAGUACCAGAACAUCCUCAAGGAGGUGGAUGUGCCAAUCCUGUCGCAUCACCAGUGUGAGGCCCAGCUGAGGAACACCCGUCUGGGAUAUAGCUACAAGCUAAAUCCCGGCUUCGUUUGCGCCGGCGGUGAGGAGGGCAAGGAUGCCUGCAAGGGUGAUGGCGGCGGUCCUUUGGUCUGCGAGAGGAACGGAGUCUGGAAUGUGGUGGGCGUGGUGUCCUGGGGCAUUGGAUGCGGCCAGGUUAACGUGCCCGGUGUCUACGUGAAGGUAUCGGCUUACCUGCCCUGGAUCCAGCAGAUAACCCAGAGCUACCAAUGA